UCCAAUUUCGGGAUCCUUUGGUAUAUACGAUAAGGCCAACCCUGAUUCAAUUAAUUAUUAAGUAAUUCCCCAUUUUGCAGAUACGCGGCGGCGGCGAUAUCAUGAUGUUACUAUACAUCCAAGUAUUUCAUUUCAUUUCAUUACAAAAAAUAUGAUGUAAUCGGCAGCCAUUGGAGAGCCCCACUGGCUGCAGCAAUGGCUAUAUAUAUAUAAUCUUCCAUCUCAGUUCAAUUCAACAGUACAGUUGAAUUAAUUAGAUCUUCGAUCGAGGAUAUCCAAUCCUAGAAUAUAAUUUACCAAGUACAGUAUAUACAGUACAGCAAUGGAAGGGUCGCCGGGAAGCUCGAUGCACGGGGUGACGGGGAGGGAGCCGGUGCUGGCGUUCUCGGUGGCGUCGCCGGCUGUGCCGAGCGACGCGGCGGCGACGGCGAAGUUCGCGCUGCCGGUGGACUCGGAGCACAAGGCGAAGAAGUUCAAGAUCCUGUCGCUGGCGAACCCCCACAUGCGCACCUUCCACCUCUCCUGGAUCUCCUUCUUCACCUGCUUCGUCUCCACCUUCGCGGCGGCGCCGCUGGUCCCCAUCAUCCGCGACAACCUCAACCUGAAGAAGGGCGACAUCGGCAACGCCGGAGUGGCCUCCGUCUCCGGCAGCAUCUUCUCCAGGCUGGUCAUGGGCGCCGUCUGCGACCUCCUCGGCCCCCGCUACGGCUGCGCCUUCCUCAUCAUGCUCUCCGCCCCCACCGUCUUCUGCAUGUCCUUCGUCUCCUCCGCCGGCGGCUAUGUCGCCGUCCGCUUCAUGAUCGGCUUCUCGCUGGCCACCUUCGUCUCCUGCCAGUACUGGAUGAGCACCAUGUUCAACAGCAAGAUCAUCGGCCUCGUCAACGGCACCGCCGCCGGCUGGGGGAACAUGGGCGGCGGCGCCACCCAGCUCAUCAUGCCGCUGCUCUACGACGUCAUCCGGAAGGCGGGGGCGACGCCGUUCACGGCUUGGCGGAUCGCGUUCUUCAUCCCCGGGUGGUGCCACGUCAUCAUGGGGAUUCUGGUGAUGACUCUGGGGCAGGACCUCCCCGACGGCAACCUCAGCGCCCUCCAGAAGACCGGCGAGGUCGCCAAGGACAAGUUCGGGAGGGUCAUGUGGUACGCCGUCACCAAUUACCGCACCUGGAUCUUCGUCCUCCUCUACGGCUACUCCAUGGGAGUCGAGCUCUCCACCGACAACGUCAUCGCAGAGUACUUCUACGACAGAUUCGACCUGAACCUGAAGACGGCGGGGACGAUCGCGGCGACGUUCGGGAUGGCGAACCUACUGGCCCGGCCGUUCGGCGGGUUCGCGUCGGACUAUUCGGCCCGGAAGUUCGGGAUGCGGGGCAGGCUCUGGACGCUGUGGACGCUCCAGACACUGGGCGGGUUGUUCUGCCUGCUGCUGGGUCGGGCCAACACCCUGCCCGUGGCGGUGACCCACAUGAUAAUAUUUUCGGUGGGGGCGCAGGCGGCGUGCGGGGCGACGUUCGGGAUCAUCCCCUUCGUGUCGCGGCGGUCGCUGGGGGUGAUAUCCGGGAUGACCGGGGCGGGCGGGAACUUCGGGUCGGGUCUGACCCAGCUGCUGUUCUUCACGAGCUCCAAGUACUCGACGGCGACGGGGCUGAGCUACAUGGGGAUAAUGAUCAUGGCGUGCACGCUGCCGGUGACGCUGGUGCACUUCCCGCAGUGGGGGAGCAUGUUCCUGCCGGCCUCCAAGCACGUCGAGGAGGAGCAGUACUAUGGCUCCGAGUACGACGACGACGAGAAGAAGAAGGGCAUGCACCAGAACAGCCUCAAGUUCGCCGAGAACAGCCGCUCCGAGCGCGGCAGCCGCGUCGCCGCUGCGCCCUCGCCGCCGGGCCGCGUCUGAUCGGAUCCCUCAUGGUGGCGCUGCGGCAGUGAUAUAUAUAUAUAUAUAUAUGUAACACUAAGAGAAGCCGUAAUGUUUUUACAUUAUAACCGUCUUGUCCACAAAUGCAACAAUUUUUCUACCAAUGAUUAUAAGGAUAAAAAUCAGUCUUGUUGUUAAUU